AUGACGACGAACCCCUUGACCGACGGCGCCUUCAACCGCACGCUGCGCCUCGCCGAUGGGCGCAUUGUGAGCUAUGCUGACGUCGGAGCGCAAGACGGUAUGCCUGUGCUGCUCUUUUUGGGCAUGCACGGCCAUCGCCACGCGACCGUGCUCGUCGAGGCUGUCGCUCGCCAGCGUGGCCUUCGGCUCUUGUGCAUCGACCGUCCGGGCUACGGUCUCUCGAGCCCGCUGCCGUACGACGCGGCGACGCCCGAACCGAUCGCGUUUACUGACAUUGUCCAAGCCCUCGUGGACGCGCUGGACAUCGCUCGCUUUGGCGUCAUGGGGCAGUCGGCUGGCGCGCUCUACGCGAUGGCGGUAGCAUCACAGAGCCAUUUAGCACCGCGCAUCGUGGCACCGCUCGUUCUUAUUUCGCCAUGGGUGCGCCUCACAAACUCGAGGACGUCGCGCGUGCUGUAUGCAGCGUCGUACGCACCUCGCUCCGUGCUGGCGGCCGCCGUCAAGGUCAUGGACAUCUCGAUGGAGUGGGGCGCCGUGUGGAGUGCGUCGGACGAGAUGGCACUUCUUGGCACGAACAUGUCCAUUCCGUUUGGCGAGCUCCGUGCGCGCGUCGCCACCGAAGCGCACAACGCGUACGGCGACAUCCUCUUGUGCCUCGAGAAGGACCCGCGCGGCGUCGGCUACGACGUCCUCACGGACCUGCGCGUGCCGCUCCAUGUUGUCCAUGGCGCUACAGACGGCAUGGUGCCGGUUGACGCCGCCGUUAGCUUUGUCGCGAGCAUCCAGGGCGCAACGAUCACGAUUGUACCCGAGACGCCCCACCGCUUUAUCGACUUUUACAAGACGGGGAUCGAACUCGCGUUUGAUGCCUUUGCACCGUCGACAACCAGCGUCUAG